AUGGAGUCAGAGUCAUCGCGUAUCUUCGUCCGGGGGCUGCCCCCGACUAUGAGCGAGGCCGACUUCAAAAAGCACUUUGGCAAAUAUGAAGUCACCGAUGCCAGACUCUUUCCUCAGCGCCGAAUUGGUUAUGUCGGAUACAAGUCGCCUGAAGAUGCUCAAAAGGCUGUCAAGUACUUCAACCGUACUUUCAUCCGCAUGUCCAAGAUCGGCGUUGAGCUGGCCAGACCCAUCGGUGAGGCUCCCACGCGGAGGCAGGGUCAAUCAUCCCAGCAUCCUCUCGCCAUGGCCAAGUUGACCGCACACAAUGCGAAUGCCGAACCCGUCGUAGCAAACCUCAAGCGGAAACGCGCCACUCCCGAGCCUGAGACGAAGGAGAAGGAUCCCAAGCUGAGCGAGUUCUUGAAUGCUAUGCAGGCUCCAUCCAAGCUUCGUGGUACCCGAGGUGAAGAAGUCAAUAUCGCUGCUCAAGAACUAGACACAAAGGUUGUCGUGCCCGAGGCCGACAGUGACUCCGAGUAUGAGAAUGUGCCCAAGAAGCCGAAGAGCGCUGCACCCGCUGCCGCUGCUACGACACGACCUUCGCAUACUGUUGCCGCAUCACCGAGUCCUGAACCUGUUCCCCAACCCGAAUCUGCAUCGAAAGACGAAGAAUUCGAAGGCUUCGAAGACGAGCCCGCACCUCCGACAGAUGAGGUUGAGGAGAAAGUCCGAGCAAGCCAACGUUUGUACCUACGAAACCUUUCCUAUGCUACUCAGGAGGACGACUUGCGUGCUGCUUUUACUGGCUUUGGCAAUCUUGAAGAGGUUCACGUACCGGUAGACCCAAAAACUGGCUCUACCAAGGGUUUCGCUUACCUCCAUUUCACCAAUGCUGACAGUGCUCUGCAAGCCUUGCGUGACAUGGACGGUAAGGUCUUCCAAGGGCGACUGCUACACAUCCUCCCUGCUGCUGCCAAGCGUGAAGAUAAGCUUGACGAUUUUGCCCUGUCCAAGCUUCCUCUGAAGAAGCAGCAAGCCAUCAAGCGCAAGCGUGAGGCUGCUUCCGCAACAUUCAACUGGAACUCGCUUUACAUGAAUGCUGACGCUGUCAUGUCUUCGGUUGCCGAUCGUCUUGGUGUAUCAAAGUCCGAGUUGUUGGAUCCCACCUCAUCUGAUGCGGCCGUCAAGCAAGCACAUGCCGAAACUCACGUCAUUCAAGAAACGAAAUCAUAUUUCAAGGAGAACGGUGUCGACAUGGAUGCGUUCAAGAAGCGCGAACGAGGCGACACUGCAAUUCUGGUGAAAAACUUCCCGUACGAGACCAAGGCAAGUGAGCUGAAGGAGCUGUUUGAGCAGCAUGGCAAGAUCAAGCGAUUUUUAAUGCCUCCAUCAGGCACCAUUGCCAUUGUUGAGUUUGAACAUGCCCCUGAAGCCCGUGCUGCUUUUGCGUCUCUGGCGUACCGCAAAAUUCACACUUCAGUACUCUUCCUCGAGAAAGCACCGAAAGAUCUGUUCCAGGCAACAGCGCCAAUGACUGAUAGCACAGACCGAGAGACCACUCAGGCUGGUCUGGAGGCCAAGGCUUCGGCUCGUGAACUCCUGCAAGAAACUGGCAUAGAGGCAUCUGCUGGUACUACCAGUACUCUUUUCGUGAGAAACCUCAACUUCUCCACGAACACAGAUCGUCUAACAGAUACAUUCCGUCCGUUGUCCGGAUUCUUGACUGCAAGGGUCAAGACGAAGACAGACCCCAAGAAGCCCGGUCAGGUCCUCAGUAUGGGUUUCGGUUUCUUGGAGUUCGCAAGCAAGCAACAGGCUGCAGCUGCCAUCACAGCGAUGGAUGGCUACAGUCUCGAUGGUCACAAGCUGCAGCUGCGUGCGUCGCACAAGGCUACUGACGCUGCUGAAGAGCGUCGCAAAGAAGACAAGGCCAAGAAGCUCGCUGCUCGGGGGACCAAGAUCAUCAUCAAGAACUUGCCGUUCGAAGCGACCAAGAAGGACGUGCGCUCUCUCUUCGCUGCUUACGGACAGCUCCGUUCAGUCCGUGUGCCCAAGAAAUUCGACAAAGGAGCUCGCGGUUUUGCUUUUGCAGACUUUACCACGCCGAAAGAAGCAGAGAAUGCCAUGGAUGCUCUCCGCGACACUCAUUUGCUUGGUCGCAGACUUGUUCUCGACUUCGCCGCCGAAGAUCCCGACGACGCCGAAGCCGAGAUCGAGGCCAUGGCAAAGAAGGCUGGCUCUCAACUCAACAAAGUCGCCCUGCAAAAACUCACCAGCGGCGGUCGCAAAAAGUUCCGUGUGGGCGACGAUCAAGAUGGUUUGGAAGAGGCGUGA